CUUGAGGGGUUGCUAACUUUCAAAAUUCAUCCUCUCCACAUUCACUUUCUGUGGUAAACAAAGAACACAGUAGCCCAACCUCUCCUUAAUGAGCUCUGCUCUUCUUCCAUCUCUUCUUUCUUCUUCUACUAUGACAACUACCUUUUCCUUAGAACCCCUGCACUUCUGCCAUUAUUCCACCACCCUCGAAAUCUACUUCUCUAUUAUCAACCUAAUUAAUGAUACCCUGAAAUCUCCCUGCUUCACGGUUUCACGGCUUCUAUCUUCUUGCAGCGAUCAGGCCAGAGUUUCAAAACCACUGAUUGAAAUGGCUAUGGCUACAGCUUCUGCUGUGAAGCCAAUGUCUGGGUCUCUGGACUUGGUUAUCGAGCUUAUUUGGCAACAUGCUAUGGCUCAUCUCAAGUCUACUAAGAACGAGAUUCUCCUCCCCGCCGAUAUCAACACUGUAAUCGGCCAAGAUAAUGUUGAGAAAAUCAAAGACCGCUUGAGCGCACUGCUCAGCACUCCAGUCGUUGCAUUCAAGGAUGAUGUCAACCGUGUUUAUCGCAUUAUGCCUACCCCGGUAUUGGAUGGGAUUGUCGAUGCUGCCGUUGUUCAAGUCAUGCCGAUGAUCGUAACAAGCAACGAACAAAGCGUCAGCUCAUCUCCAAAAGUCAACAAGGUUACUCUAGAAAAACCCGAAAAAAUACCACGGCCGCCAAACGCUUUCAUUUUGUAUCGCCGGCAUCACCAUCCACUCGUCAAAGCAACUCACCCAGACUUCCACAAUAAUGAAAUAUCCGUACUUCUUGGGAAGAAAUGGAAAGCUGAAUCUGCUGAGACCAAAGCCCAUUUCAAAUCGCUUGCCGAUGAAAUCAAGGUCCAGCAUGCCAAGGAUCACCCAGAUUAUCAAUACGCUCCCCGCAAGCCAUCUGAGAAAAAGCGCCGGUCCACGUCUCGUCGUGACACUCAUCAAUUGGAGUUGAAUGAUAUGCAAGUUGUCAGCUCUACCCAGUUUGGUGCUGGCGAGGUUGUCACUCCAAUAUCUCAAUCGGAUGUCGCAUAUGUAAAUUCUCUCUCGCCUGCAAGUGACGAGAAUAAUAUAGCCAAUGACGACCGCAAUUUCGACCUCAUUGUUCCGCUCUCACCUGGCCGAGGGUUUACGAAUAUGACGAUGAAUCAUAGCACUAAUUACGUUAUGGGUUUCGAGGACGCUGGAUUUAUGAAUUUUCAAGUUCGGCGCCCAGGCACAACUGUCACUCCUCCACCACAACAUACUACCCAGUCUCAUGUUGUCACCACGACGGGGUUGGCAGGGAAUUGGUCCAAUUUGGAUUUCGAGUUUGAUAAUUACUUUGCCGGCCUGGGGCAGUGAUACCCAAUAUUCUGCAUGUUUCCGAGGUAUAUGUUUUUGCUGGGUUGGGCCGUGUGUCCGUAUUCGAAGACAGUGUUAAAACGACCUUAACAGACUGUUCCUUCUCAAUGUAAAUAAACUUUCACUUCUUUGUGUUUAGCUCCUGAUAUUUAGUUUAGUCCUGAUACAGAAUUCCUGAUUAAUAGACAACCUACGCAGUCAG